AUGGAGCCACAGGUUGAAUUCUUCCAUUACGCUGCUGCAUCAAACGGAUUAAUGGAUCAGACUGACAUCGCUGCCUCAAUCCUGGACGAAAACAUUCGGCUUAGAGAAGAAAAUCAGCGCCUUCUCGGGCAGUUUUGCCAGCAAAUUCAUGACAUUCAAAGAGAAAAGGAGACUGUGCGUUUGCGUCUGAUAGCCGUAGAGAGCGACUACGACGCUCAAAUGAAGGAGCUUCAAUCCGAAAUCCUGAAUCUCCGAGAGGAGGUUCAGAACCAGAAACGUCGCUACGCUCAGGCUGCUCAGGAGCAUCAAGAGAGCGUGAACUCUCUGACUGAAUGCAACGCUGCACUUCAGGUGAAGUUAGAUGAGGCCUCAAAUACUGCCACUGAGGCCGUGGCGCAGGUGAAGACAAUGCAGCAGCAUCUCCAGACUGCGCGAGCUGCUAUUCAGGGACAUAUACAGCAAAUUGAGAGUCUUCGAGCUGAGAUUACCCAAUUAAAAGAGGACAAGGAGUCAUUGGAGAAGAAGUUGCAGGCCAUCACGGACGAACGCGACUGCCUUCUCACAACGCUGUCGGACGCCCAGCAGGCAAGCGCCCUGCUGCAACAAGAGAACGCUAGUCAGCAGCAUGUGAUAAGCUGCCAGGACAACGAGCUCAUUGAGUUACAGAGAGCAGCGGCGGUACUAAGGGAUCAGCUCAGCACCCUCGACUGCGUGUCACCUUCGCACAACGCGCCUACUAGUGUUGCCCAGGCGAACGAGGCUGGACCGAGCUCGAAACCCCACCAAUCACUGCUCGGGGAGCUGUCCGAUGCUGAUCCGGCUCACGCCGCAGAUGAGUGGUGGUACAAACACGUUCAACUGGAUCCAACCAUGACUGAAUUCUACGAAGACGAUGGAAUCGAGAUUGACGACGCCUCGCUUCUCGCCGCCAUGACAACGAGUGGUCGGUUAAUUCGAAGCGGUGACAAUGGCCAUUUGGAGAUGGACUGUGACGCCAACAAUGAGAGCAGCGACAGUGGUGCCGACGACUCAAUGGAGCAGGAAUUUCUCGAGGGAUUCCGAGCAGAGGUUGCCGAAAUCUACCAGCAACUGCGUCAAAUGUGCGUGGAUGUGAGCGCUCAGUCGUCCAGCAGCACUUCAGCAACUCGAAACCGCCCAGGUGACUGGACACCCGAUCAGUUGGCACGAGUCGAGUGGGAUUUUCGUCUUUCUUCGCUGCGCAACGUCCUCACUGAUCUUCGUUGCCUCCUUCAGGACCUCGUUGCCAUACCCACAAAGGUGACCAAUCACUGA